AUGGAUGUUAUUGCACAAGAGUUGGACCAACUCGAGCUGGAAACGCGGGGGCAGCAAGAUUCUGUUAACAGGGGGUUGCUGCCCCCACAGGGCGAACUUCUCUCCGUUUUGAAACCGGAAGAUGUCUCCAUUGCUAGCUCCCCCAACGGUAGCGGCUACGAUAUGACAGAUUCUUUGGACGAAGCCCCAAUAGACUUGAGGACUUUAGUAUACGUGUCUAUUCCUGAACAUCUCAACUGUCCCAUUUGUCAACUGCCUUUCAUCAAUCCGUACACAACUAUAUGUGGACACACGUUCUGCAGGACAUGUAUUCUGGAAACUUUCAAGUCUCCCCUGGGAAACAAGUGUCCUUUGGAUCGUAUUGAACUGAACUAUACAGAGGAUCGUCAAGAGGCUGAAGAGAAAAACUACAACGAUAUAUUUCCUGCCCCCAUUAUAUUGAGCAAUAUCACAGAUGACCUUCAAGUGCGAUGUCUUAACGCGUCUCGUGGCUGUAAGUGGGUAGGUCCCCGCUGGUCUAUCAAGCAGCACCUGGUCAACUCCUGUGACCAUACGCGAUUUCCUUGCGAACACGAGCUGGACAAUGGACAAGUGUGCGGCCAACUGACUGAACGGCGGUUCCUAGGCGAGAAGUGUCCUCACAAGCUGUUUGAAUGUGCGAAGUGCGGCGAUAAUAUAAAUGCUGUAGCUGAGGAACAUCACUUGAAAAACGAGUGCGCAAAGAACUUUCAUAAAUGCAAUGGCUGUAACCUUGAGUUCCCAGAGAAAACGUUCGAAAACCACGAAAGCUAUUGUGAGAAAAUACAUGUAAGGUGUCCAGGGAAGCAGUACGGCUGUGAGUGGAGGGGAAGCAGGGAGGUUCUUACUCAGAUCCACUCGUUGGAAUGCGUCUUUGUCAAACUCUCGGGGUACUUUGAGCUCCAAGAAACAAAGAUCAACGAUCUGGCCGAUGAAAACAAAUUGCUCAGGUCCCAAAUAUCAACGAUACUCGACUCUAUCACGCAGGGCAAGAUGACUAAUCUUGGCUAUUCUUUGCAGCUGGAAGAAAUUAUGGAUCGCGAUCGCAGUGCCGAUCCUGGCAGGUUAUUUGACAGCCUGCAGGAUAAAGAUUACGUCCAACUCAUGAUGGAAUUUGAAAUGCUCAGGACGGAGUUUAACCGCUUGAGGUCUUUGGCGUCGGAGUUCGAGCUGAAUAAGCAACUGGUCACCGCGGUAGCGAACGCGAAUAUCCAGAUUAAAGACGAGCUACACAACCAAACCGCUGCUCUCUCUUCCAUGAGACAGCAAAUACAGUUUAUGUUGCUGGACCGAAGAAGGCUCCGGUCCAAGCUCGUAGACGCAGAAGUGACGCCUCCACCUAAAGAAUCGUCUUCCUCCGGCCGGUUCACAAACAAGCUCUAG